CGGGAGAGAGAGGAGAGAAGAGAGGGAAAAGAGAGGAGAGAGAGGGGAGAAGAGAGACGGAAGAGAAGAGAGAGGGAAGAGAGAGGGAAAAGGGGAAGAGAGAGGAGAGAGAGGGGAGAAGAAAUAGAGAGGAGAGAGAAGAAAGAGAGAGGAGAGAGUGAAGAGAGAGGAGGGAAGAGAGAGGGAAAAGAGGGGAAGAUAGAGGAUAGAAGAGAGAAGAAAAAGAGGAGAGAGAGAGAGAGAGGGGAGAAGAGAGACAGAAGAGGAGAGGGGGAAGAGAGAGAGGAGAGAGGGAAGACGGACGGAAAAGGGGGGAAGAGAGAGGAGAGAAGAGAGAAGAGAGAGAGGAGAGAAGAGAGACAGAAGAGAAAAGAAAAAGAGAGGAGAAAGAGAAGAGAGAGGAGAGAGGAGAGAGAGGGGGGAGAAGAGAAGAGAGAAGAAAGAGAGAGGAGAGAGGGGGAGAAGAGAGACAGAAGAGAAAGAGAGAGAGAGAGAGAGAGAGAGAGGGGAGAAGAGAGACAGAAGAGAAGAGAGAGGGAAGAGAGAGGGAAAAGGGGAAGAGAGAGGAGAGAGGAGAGAAGAAAUAGAGAGGAGAGAAGAAAGAGAGGAGAGAGAAGAGAGAGGAGGGAAGAGAGAGGGAAAAGGGGAAGAGAGAGGAUAGAAGAGAGAAGAAAAAGAGGAAAGCGAGAGGGGAGAAGAGAGACAGAAGAGGAGAGGGGGAAGAGAGAGGAGAGAAGAGAGAGAGGAGAGGAGAGAGAAGAGAGAGGAGGGAAGAGAGAGAGGAGAGGAGAGAGGGAAGAUGGACGGAAAAGGGGGGAAGAGAGAGGAGAGAAGAGAGAGAGGAGAGAGAAGAGAGAGAAGAUAGAGGGGGAAGAG